ACAUUUAAACGUGAACUUGUUAUCGUUUAAAAUUCAAUUUACAUUUUCUUAUCAUAGAUCGAACUAAAUUCUAAAUCACACACGAUACUCGAGAUGUUGGUACACGUAUCAGAGAAUAAGUAGAUUACAAACACAAUUACAUUUUAAUUAAACAAUUCCACGAAAAUAAUAUUUAUUGCAUAAUUUUACAGUAAAAACAACAAAUGACACAAAAAUAUUAUUCCAACGAUAAUGUUGGAUAAAUUUUUAAUCAAGAACUGUAUUGUGUUUUGUACUCGUCUAGGUUAAACUCUUAUAAACGUGUCUCCUAGUUUAAAUCAGUAAUAAAAUUUUUAAUAUAUCAAAUGACAGCACAUAAAUGUUUAGAAACACCAGACAAACAAUUUGCUCUUGUUAUGUCAUUAAUAGCAGGAGGAUUGGCUGGUACGUCUGUCGACGUGAUACUACAUCCACUAGACACAUUAAAAACACGUUUGCAAUCUAAGCAGGGAUUUGUAAAAUCAGGAGGAUUUUCUAAUCUUUAUAAAGGAAUUCUUCCUGUUAUUAUUGGAUCUGCACCUAGUGCAUCACUAUUUUUCUUAACGUAUGAAGAUAUCAAAAGUAGAACGCAAUGUAAAGUACCUGAGAAAUAUCAUUCUUUGCUUCAUAUGUGCUCGGCAUCUCUAGCAGAAAUGGUAGCCUGUUUAAUAAGAGUACCUGUAGAAGCAGUAAAACAAAGGAAGCAAGUUUCAAUACUGGAUAGACAAGAUAUUAAUUUUAGAAUAUUAUAUUAUGGUUAUUGGAGCACUGUGCUAAGAGACAUGCCUUUUAGUUUGAUACAAUUUCCAAUUUGGGAAUAUUUUAAGAAAGUUUGGAAAUCGCAUGUUGAUAGAGAGACUCUUCCAAUAGAAAGUGCAAUAUGUGGAGCAAUUGCAGGUAGUAUUUCUGCUACUCUUACCACGCCACUAGACGUUACGAAGACAAGAAUAAUGCUUUCACAUAGAAACGAGAGUGCUUCAAAAUUAAAAGUGCUAUACGUGUUAAAAGACGUAUAUAGAGAUAAAGGUUUACGUGGACUUUUCGCUGGUGUGGGUCCCAGAGUAACGUGGAUAACAGUUGGAGGAUUUAUCUUCUUUGGAACUUACGAAGGAGUAAAAGCUAUAGGAACAAAGUACUGUUUAUUUGUAUAGAAUGUCUCUAAGAAAAAUAUCAAAUUGUACGAUUUCCUGAUUAUUUAUUAUUACAAAAUAUGUUACAAGAGAAUAUAUAAAAAUAUAUAUUA